GUAGGAAGCAAUUUGUCAAUUCUAAAAUUGGACAAAAAGCACUAAAAUAAUAUAGGUUUAGGAACAAAAUAUAAGUUCAUUUAAAAAGACUUUACAUCUUCAAGAUAAAGGUUGUGGUAAUAAACCACGAAUUGUUUGAAAGUCACUGCGAUGCCACUCUUAUGACGUUGAAGUUUCUACGGCGGAAACGCACUAUAAAGCAAGCAUGAUCAUGAGUGAAUUAUAUAUCGCCGUUGUCUGCUCAUCUAACAUGAACCGUAGUAUGGAAGCGCACGCUUUCCUCGUUAAAAAGGGCUUUAAAGUGAAGUCGUUUGGUACCGGUGAAAAGGUAAAGUUACCUGGUGCGUCUGCCGACCGCCCUAAUUGUUAUGAAUUUGGGAUCCCAUACGAUGAUAUUUAUAAUGAUUUGUUAGAGAAAGAUAAAGCUUAUUAUACUCAAAAUGGGUUAUUGCACAUGUUGGAUAGAAAUAGAAGGAUAAAGCCAUGUCCUGAAAAGUUUCAAGUGUCUACUGAGCGCUUUGAUGUGAUUAUUACUUGCGAAGAACGAGUUUAUGAUCAAGUGAUUGAAUGGUUUGGUUCACGGAGGUCUGUCUUCAAUCAACCUGUUCAUGUGGUUAACAUUGAUAUUCAAGACAACCAUGAGGAAGCGACCAUUGGGGCGUUUUUAAUAAGUGACAUGGUCACCAAAAUGGCGCAGAGUGAUGAUUUAGAUAAUGAUAUUGAUGAACUGUUACACGAGUUUGAAUCCAAGUGCCACAGACCAAUACUAAAUUGUAUUAUGUUUUACUAACAUAUAUAUUGCAGCUGCAAUGAGUAUUACAAUAGAACUGCGAGAUGACAUUUAGCUCAUUAGCAGCAUUUUUUGUACUGACAAUUGAAUGUUAUGUUUAUAAUGAAAUUCUAACUUUAUCAUUACUUUGACUAAUAAUUUUUUCAAAUGAAAUUAAUACUACAGGAAGUACUAUUGUUAAGUUUCUUCUGUAUAUAGGAAACAAGACAAUUUAAUUCUUAUGUCUAUUGUUUUAUUACUCCUUUAUGAUUAAAUAUUAUCUAGAAAAAU